AUGGCUGAUGCAGACCGAUGCGCAGGAGGCGGAGGUGGUGGACAGGGAAGAAGCUGGUUUGUUUACUUGCAGCCUGAGCCGCCGUCGCUGCCGCUGCCGCCGCCGCCAGCAGCGACAGCAUCAGCGCAGACGGCCCCUCCCCCCCAACCCAAACACCGACUCGCCACCGGCCGCUCGCGUUACGUAACCUCGCCGCCGCCCCCCGCCCCGGCCCGCCGCCCCCUUCCCAUUCCGCGCGGCCGACCAAGUCGGGGCGAAGGGACCCGGCUCGAGCUGAGCAGAGCCCGAAGGCGCCGGGCCGGGCGACCCAGACGCACAGCUCCCGGUACCGCUAGGCCAGGAACACCCCCUCCCUGGCCGCCCGCGCGCACCGCCGCCGCUCCCCCACCCCCAAAAGCGAGGGGGUGUCGGUGUCACCCACGCGGGGCAUCCCCCGGCCUCCACCUCCACACCCACGGCCCCAAAGCUUCAGGAGGGAGACCCCAGCCCCCCGCCCACGCCCCCGGCGGCCGCGGUGACACCCAGACGCCCCCGCCUCACCCACCCGCGCCGCCAACGCCCCCGCCCGAGGGAGGCAGGGAGGGAGCCGCGGGGCCCUCGGGGAGUGCGGGCGAGCCGGGGAGGGGGGCGAGAGCUGGGGGCGGUGGCUGUUACCUGCAAAGGCGGCGGCGGCCCCGCAGCUGCUCCGGCGAAAACACGGCUCAGGCGGGGGGCCGGGGCGAGCCGCCGGGCCGCGGGGCGGAGGCUCUGGGCCGAGCGUGCGGAGCCCCGGAGCCCCGGACUGCGGGGCUGGCUCUCCGCGACUGGCGGGAGCGGCUUCCCCGCGCCCCGGCCUGGCUCGCCGCCUCAGCUCCUCGCCCCAGCCGGGCGCUCGCCCCUAGGUUGCCCCGCGCCCCGCAGACCCGCGGCGACCCGCGCCCCUCGGCUUCCUCUCGCGAGAACACCUUCCCCAGCAGCCCGCGCCGCGGGGCCAGCGUUCCCGCCGGGAAGUUCUGGGCUUCCCCGGGCCGCGGGGCCCGCGACGAGGCACCCGAGGCGAGGCCCGGAUUUCCCCGCACACCCACCGCACCGUGA